ACGAGGAGUUUGUGUGUGAGCUCUUUUUCCGAUUGUCAAGUGUCGAAUCAAGCAGGUCUGGGCGUCCGAUCCUCUGCUUCCACGAUCUGCACACGUCAGCAGGAAGAGCCUUUGCUUUGGGUCGUUACACGCACCCAUCCAUCCCAUCUCCGCGCACACGACACGAUCGUGGUUGGUUCCACGCGCCUAUAUCCCUAUCGCCGGUUCGCCCCCACGUCCGUCUCCUCUCCUCUCCCUCAGCUCGCUUUCCCCUGCCUUCGCCCACCGCUCCCGGAAACAAGCAGCAGCCGGAGGAGGAGGAGAAUUCGGCUCCGAACCCAGAGCAAGAGCAACCAGGCAAGGUCCAAGGCAACCAACCAGCGAAUCAGCCAUGUCGUACUACGGCGACCGGCGCCCGGAGUCGUCGAUCGUGGAGGCGUUCACGCUGUCGCCGCUGCCGUACCCGGUGAUCCUGAUCCUGCUCAUGGUGACGCUCCUGCUGGGCGUCUCCUGGUUCUUCACCUACGAGGACUUCAUCGAGGAGGCGUCGCAGCAGCUGAGCUGGGCGCUGCUGGCGGUGCCCAUCGCGCUCGUCCUCCUCAUCCGCUGGAUUUCUUCCGUCGAAUCCUUCGAGGGCUACUUCGGCUUCUACCCCAGGGAGAGCCGCUGGAAGGGCUACGAGCGGCCACCCGCCGAGGGCAGCUCGCCCUGGGGCGUCGCCAUGGUCGUCCUGCUCCUCCUCGUGCUCGCCAGCUUCCACUCCACCAUCCAGGACAUGUGGAGGCCAUGAACGGAUCGGCGAAUACUGCUUCCCUCUCAUACGUGAUUCUCUGUGUACCUGCAUGCAGUGUGCUCGAUCGAUCAGUUCCCAUGCUUUUUUUUUUCCUUGCGCGCUUGGUUGGUUCCACUUCCACUGGUUGCUGGUUGAUCGAUUCGAUGAUUCGAUGUAUAUAUAAUAUGUUAUUAUUAGGGGAUGCUGCAGCUCGCUAUUAGCUGCAGGUUAUAGAGUUUGGGGAUGAUAUACUCAUCAGUUAGCUGCCUGUAUGUAACACUGGUUUUGGUUUUGUUAUAGUAAUCGCGAUUCAGCUUGGUUUCUGAUC